CCGCGAGCCCGCGCCCCGCCGCCCCGGCCCCGCCGCAGGAUGCGCGCCCCGCCGCUGCUGCUGCUGCUGGCCGCCUACGCGCCGCCGCCCUGCGCCGCGGCCGUCCCGACGCCGCCGGGCUGGGAGCCGCCGGCCGAUGCGCCCUGGUGCCCCUACAAGGUGCUGCCCGAGGGCCCCGAGGCGGGCGGCGGGCGCCUGUGCUUCCGCAGCCCGGCGCGCGGCUUCCAGUGCCAGGCGCCCGGCUGCGCGGCGCACCCCUCGGCCAGCGACUCCCUGCGCGCCAGCGUCCUGCGCAACCGCAGUGUCCUGCUGCAGUGGCGCCUGCCGCCGGCCGCCGCGCGCCGCGUGCGCGCCUUCGCGCUCAACUGCUCGUGGCGCGGCGCCUACACGCGCUUCCCGUGCGAGCGCGUGCUGCUGGGCGCCGCCUGCCGCGACUACCUGCUGGCCGACGUGCACGACGGCGUGCGCUACCGCCUGUGCCUGCAGCCGCUGCCGCUGCGCGCCGACCCCGCCGCCGCCGCCGCCGCCGCCCCGGAGCCCGCCGGCCGCGCCGAAUGCGUGGAGUUCGCCGCCGAGCCGGCCGGCAUGCGGGACAUCGUGGUGGCCAUGACGGCGGUGGGCGGCUCCAUCUGCGUCAUGCUCGUGGUCAUCUGCCUGCUGGUGGCCUACAUCACCGAGAACCUCAUGCACCCGGCCUUCGGGCGUCCGGGCCUGCGCCGGCAGCCGUGAGCCGCUGGAGCGUCUCCCGACCCCGCCCGGAUCGGCUCCCCACCGGCUCGACGCGGGGCCAGCUGGAGAGAGCCGAGAACUGCCCCGGUCAUCGCGCCCCCUUCCCGGCGCCGCGGCCGACUCCCAGCCCCCGGCCCGAACUGGCCCUGGGGCCCGAGCGGAAGCGGGGGGCGCGGCCGG